AUGAGAUUCUAGCGCAUGUUUCGAUUAGUAACAUUAUACGGAUGCAGUAUGUAGUCCGUUUUUAUUCGCAAGUAUAAAUAUUCAUCGAGUAUUUUGAGAUUGGACGAUCACCAGAUUGUCUCAAAUUGAUCAUAGUCUUCGCCAAAAGCCACUCAAACGCCAUGUCCCCUGAAGGAAACACCCGGAAAACGUUUCUCCUCGGCGCCACAGGCUACAUCGGAGGAGAUGCCUUGAAAGCUAUACUGGAUCAAUUCCCAGAGCAGGAACCGAAUGUCUCCGUCUUAGUACGAGAUGAAAAGAAAGGAGAGGCUAUAAAGGCCAUUUAUCCUAACAUAAGAAUUGUCUUCGGCUCUCUCGACGACACCGAGGUCCUCGUCGGCGAGUCCGCGCAGGCGGAUUUUGUAUUCAACCUUGCGCACGCAGAUCAUGUCUCAGCCACCAACGCCAUCAUCGCCGGAUUGAGGCAGCGGUCCGCAGAGGAUAAAACCUCGUUCUACGUACACUGCAGCGGUACCGGUAUCCUGCUGUAUGACGACAUGCAGACGAAAACAUACGGCGUGGCUUCCAGUAAAAUCUACAACGACUGGGAUGGUGUCUCGGAAAUGACAUCUUACCCCGACGCUGCUCCUCACCGCAAUGUCGACAAGCUCGUAUUAGGAGCCGGCGAGGAUACCCAUAUCAAGACGGCGGUCGUUUGCCCGCCAGUAAUCUACGGCAUCGGUCGGGGCCCGGUGAACCAGCGAAGUCUACAGAUCCCUCUGCUGAUCGAGAACUUCAUCAAGCGCGGCAAGGCAUUCCAGAUCGCCGAAGGUAAGGCUUACUGGAACAACGUGCACAUACACGACCUCAGCGACUUGUUCGCUCUGUUCUUUCAAGAGGCUCUAUCGGGCGACAAGAAGGAAGUUUGGGGUACCGACUCAUAUUACUUUGCUGAAAAUGGCGAAGCGCCAUGGGGUGACAUUUCCGCGAAGACAGCUGAGGUUAUGCACUCCAAGGGUCUGAUUAAGGACACAGACAUCGAAAAACUCUCACCCCAAGAUGCCGCGAAGAUAUUCCCGCAUGCGCCAUUGGUAUGGGGUCAAAACAGUCGAUCUAGUGCUAUUCGAGGUCGAAAACUCCUUGGUUGGGCUCCUAAGCAGCGAAGCCUGGAGGAAGAACUUCCCAUAGCUGUUGAUUAUGAGGUAGAGAGGCAGAAAAGCAAUUAGAAUAGGGCUCAGCUGCGAGAGAGCUGUGGUUUGAUUGGCGUCCACCUUCCAAAGAACAUAUCAUUUACAUCAGCCAUGUCUAUAAUCAGUUAAAUAAAUAAUAAAAACAUAUGUCCGUAUUUUCGAUCUGGUUGAUGAUAUUGUGGUUAAAAGAUGACGACUUGACGAACUUCCC